AUGUGCCACAGAUGUGCCACAGACGGAUGUGCCACAGACAGAUGUGCCACAGACGGAUGUGCCACAGACAGAUGUGCCACAGAUGUGCCACAGACAGAUGUGCCACAGACGGAUGUGCCACAGACAGAUGUGCCACAGAUGUGCCACAGACAGAUGUGCCACAGACAGAUGUGCCACAGAUGUGCCACAGACAGAUGUGCCACAGACGGAUGUGCCACAGACAGAUGUGCCACAGAUGUGCCACAGUGCCACAGACAGAUGUGCCACAGACAGAUGUGCCACAGAUGUGCCACAGACAGAUGUGCCACAGACGGAUGUGCCACAGACAGAUGUGCCACAGAUGUGCCACAGACGGAUGUGCCACAGACAGAUGUGCCACAGACGGAUGUGCCACAGACAGAUUUGCCACAGACGGAUGUGCCACAGACAGAUGUGCCACAGACAGAUGUGCCACAGACAGAUGUGCCACAGACAGAUGUGCCACAGACAGUGUCGUUAUGA